AUGGAUGCUUGUCGUUUUAAAACCGCAAAUCUUAAUUCAAAAAAUUUUUAUGAUCUGUUAGGAAUAGAAAAAGUGGCAACACAAAAACAAAUAAAACAAGCUUUUUUCAAGUUGUCAAAAGAAUAUCAUCCAGAUUCAAAUCCUAACGAUAAAAGUUUACAUGGAAAAUUUGUUAAAAUUAAUGAAGCAUAUAAUAUUCUUAGUAAACAAUCAUCGAGAACGACUUAUGAUCAAAUGCUAAACAAUUCACAAGCUCUUGCCCAUCGGCGACAAUAUGAGUCUUCAUCAUCGUCUUAUCCAAAUGAAGAUCCUUUUAUAAACAUCAGUCGACAACGAAAACAGUAUCAGCAGCAACAACACACAAUACAUGGUUUUGACUGGGGAUCGUCGCCACACUGGGAUUCGAGUUUUGCGGAAAUGCUACGAAAGCAAAUGGAACGCAAUCGUGAAAAACAACAGCAAGAUGAAGAUAAAGCUCGACAACGAUACGGUCAUUACAAUCCUACUAGACAAGGAUUUUAUUUAUUUCCCUCUUUGACAAUAAUCGUGAUUAUUAUAUCACUUGGCGUUGCCAUUCAUGCUCUUCAAUCGAGGCAAUAUUAG